AUGUCUUCUCUGUUGGGAGUAGGAAGGAGCCUUGGCCGUGGACUAGUCCAGCAAAAAAGAAAUGCCAGUCAGGUAAUCAAGGUUCGUGAUGCCAUCAAUGCCGCUCUGGAUGAGGAAAUGACCAGAGAUCACAAUGUUUUUCUUAUGGGAGAGGAGGUUGCCCAGUAUGAGGGCGCAUACAAGGUAUGUAUACAUUGUUAAUGAAAAUUUCCUAGUAUAGGUUAGUAAAGGUCUUUGGAAGAAGUAUGGAGAUAACCGUGUGGUGGAUACUCCAAUUACAGAGAUGGGCUUCACAGGUAUCGCGGUUGGAGCAGCCUUUGCCGGACUUCGUCCUAUUUGCGAGUUCAUGACUUUCAACUUUGCCAUGCAAUCCAUUGACCAGAUUAUUAACAGUGCUGCCAAAACGUUCUACAUGUCUGCUGGAAGAGUGAGUCUACCAUAUCCUUCCUUAUUCUAUUUUUUAGGUUCCCGUCCCAAUUGUGUUCCGUGGCCCCAAUGGUUGUGCUGCUGGUGUUGCGGCGCAGCACAGUCAAGACUACUCGGCUUGGUAUGCUCAUUGCCCGGGACUGAAGGUUGUGGCCCCAUACAACUCUGAGGAUGCGAAAGGUCUUCUGAAGUCAGCCAUAAGGGAUGACAAUCCAGGUAACACUGGGUUCAUUGGUUUAUUCUAAAUGUUUAGUCGUCGUUCUCGAAGAUGAAAUCCUGUACGGUGUGGGCUUUGAGAUGUCGGAAGAGGCUCAACGAGAUGAUUUCUUGAUCCCAAUCGGGAAGGCAAAGAUUGAGAGAAGUGGAGAUCACGUUACGCUGGUUGCCUACUCGAUUGCUGUGAAGCAUGCUUUGGAUGCGGCGGAAGAACUGGCUAAGAUCGGUGUCAGUGCUGAGGUAAACUUAUCUAUUUCAUACUUGAAAUUUAGUCUAGGUAAUAAAUCUCCGUUCACUCCGUCCACUGGAUUUUGAAACGAUCCGUCAAUCGGUAUUCAAGACCCACCAUUUGGUUACCGUCGAAACUGGGUGGCCCUUUGCUGGAAUUGGAGCUGAGAUUGUCGCCCAGGCCAACGAAACCGACGUGUUUGACCACCUGGAUGCACCCGUUUACCGAGUUACUGGAGUAGAUAUCCCAAUGCCUUAUGCCGUUUCUCUGGAAGCCGCUGCCCUUCCCAACGCUCAGCAUGUCGUGAAAACAGUCAAGAAAUCUCUUCACAUCGCCUGA